AUGGUCAUGUCCAUGUUCCAUGGUGUAUAUGAUGGCACGCAGCUCAACUUCCUCUUUGAUGCUGUGCUGGCCGAGUAUGCCAAGCCCGGGUCCCCGCCGCCUAUAGAUCUGCUGCCGAUCCGAACCGCUGUGGAGCUUAAUUUCAGCUACGACUGGAUAAAGACCGUCAUGUACUGGGCGGGCCGUCUCGCUGGCGUCCCUGGAAGCCGGCUUGGCAACCGUCAACCUGUGCCCAGGGCGUUACUCCCGAACGCAGCCCCCGGGUUCACGGAGACGCACAUGCGUAGUGUCAGUGUCAAGGCCAGCCUUACGAUGAGGCAGUUGUUCAAGGCGGCGCAGGCCAUGUCAACCAACAUGCUCACGGUCGCCGAGGCUGCUUGGGCCAGUGUCCUGGCGCAGACCUUCGCGGAUACUGUCCGCGCUGACACUAUCGCCGGCAACAACUCGUUUGAUGUGCAAUUUGGAACGGUACUUAACGGCCGACGCCACCAGGACGCACUCCGCUGCAUGGCACCGAUGCUCGCAGCCCUACCCUAG